UACACAACUGGUAUCAUACACAACUGGUAUCAUACACAGCUGGUAUUAUACACAACUGGUAUUUUACACAACUGGUAUCAUACACAACUGGUAUCAUACACAACUGGUAUCAUACACAACUGGUAUCAUACACAACUGGUAUCAUACACAGCUGGUAUUAUACACAACUGGUAUCAUACACAACUGGUAUCAUACACAACUGGUAUUAUACACAACUGGUAUUAUACACAACUGGUAUCAUACACAACUGGUAUCAUACACAACUGGUAUCAUACACAACUGGUAUCAUACACAACUGGUAUGAUACACAACUGGUAUCAUACACAACUGGUAUUAUACACAACUGGUAUCAUACACAACUGGUAUUAUACACAACUGGUAUCAUACACAACUGGUAUCAUACACAACCGGUAUCAUACACAACUGGUAUCAUACACAACUGGUAUCAUACACAACUGGUAUUAUACACAACUGGUAUCAUACACAACUGGUAUCAUACACAACUGGUAUCAUACACAACUGGUAUUAUACACAAAAGCUAAAAAUUGA